GCCGGCACGAUAAUGACAUCAACGGUUCUACUAGUCUUGUUGACAUUGACUUUAUCUCUAACAAGUAACGAUGCGGCAAAAAUACUUGGAUUUUUUCCUCUUCCAUCAAUCAGCCAUCAAGUGCUCUUCAGACAUUUGACACAAGAAUUAGCGAAGAGAGGACAUGAAGUUACAGUCAUCACAACAGACGUAGCCUUCCCUAAUGGCGAUGGGCCUGCCAAUCUAACAGAAAUAGAUGUCCAUGAUUUUUCUUACGAACAGUGGAGGAAUUUGUAUAAGUUAACUUCGACUGGAGAAAAGGAUUUGAUUGGGCAGAUACACGGAGCGUAUCACAUGUUGGUCAAAAUAGUGGAGAUGCAGUUGAAAGUGGAUAAAGUACAAAAGAUGCUGAAAGAGGAGAAGUUUGAUUUACUCUUGUUAGAAGCUUGUGUUAGACCAGCGUUACUUCUUUCGCAUGUAGUGAAAGCACCAGUGAUUCAAGUGUCUUCUCUAGGAACUAUUGAUUAUAAUGUGGCCACGAUCGGAUCAGCCUGGCAUCCUUUUCUGUACCCAGAUUCUUUGAGUCAACGUUCAUACAAUUUGAGUAUAUGGGAAAAAAUUCGUGAGUUAUAUACCUAUUACCAACUAAAUAGAGUUAUGCAAGAAGUGGAAGAUGCAGAGAACGUUAUGGCAAAGAAAUUAUUUGGUCCAAAUGUUCCAACUAUCAGUGAAUUGAAAAAUAAUGUUGAUUUGAUGUUGUUGAAUACUUAUCCCCUUUGGGAUAACAAUCGGCCAGUGCCUCCCAGUGUUGUAUACAUGGGUGGUUUGCAUCAGAACCCUCAGAAGGAACUGCCAAAGGAUCUGAAGGAAUAUCUGGACUCUUCAAAGAAUGGUGUCGUAUACAUCAGCUUCGGUACAAACGUCCAACCUUCACUAUUACCGCAAGACAGAGUUCAGAUGAUGGCCAAAGUGUUUUCUCAGCUGCCAUACGAUGUGCUAUGGAAGUGGGACAAGGACGAACUGCCAGGACGCUCUAAGAACAUCAAGAUAUCAAAAUGGCUUCCACAGUCUGAUUUACUCAGACAUCCAAACAUCAAAGUAUUUAUAACGCAAGGAGGUUUACAAUCAGCUGAUGAAGCUAUAACUGCAGGAGUACCUCUGAUUGGUGUUCCUAUGUUGGGUGACCAAUGGUAUAACGUGGAAAAGUAUGUUCACCAUGGGAUUGGUCUACAACUCGACCUGCUUUCGAUGACUGAAGACGAUUUUAAGAAUGCCAUUUUGACCAUUGUAAAUAAUGAUAGUUUUCGCCAGAAUAUCAAAAAAUUACGCAGUGUGAUGCACGACCAGCCUCAACCUCCUCUAGAGCGCGCCGUGUGGUGGACGGAGCACGUGCUGCGUCACGGCGGCGCGAGACAUCUGCGUGGACCUGCAGCCAACAUGUCGUGGGCAGACUACCUCGAACUAGAAUUAGUGUUUACUGUAUUAGCUGUACUUCUAGGCGUGACUUUAGUAUUAUUCUACCUGAUGUACAGUAUAUGGAAGUAUUUCAGUAACACCAUAAGCCCAAGUAAAAAGUUAAAGAAGAAUUAGGAACUUUAAGCAGUCAUUAUUGAAAUGUGAUAUUUUUUUAUUUAUUUUGUUUUAAUACCAAUUGAUACAAAGGAGACCAAUAUGAGCUGUGAUAAAUAAAACAGUAAAUGUAA